AUGAGGAUUAUCCUGAUUUACACAGACAAGCAGUUAUUAAAAUGGAUUCUAAUUCAGCAAUCGUUGCCUAGCAAACAAGGAAUCAGACAAAAAGACGUCGUAUCCUCGACUGAAACCACAUCGACGAAUUCGCUAAUCACACUUGACGUUAUCUUUAUCGAGUUUACACCCAUUUUCAGCGCAACAAUCAUCAAGACACUCAUCGCUCAAAAUGGUCCCAUGACCACCAAGGCACUCGCUUCUUAUAUUCCCCAAUUCGAAACGCAACUCAUUUCCACCUCACACAUCAAGAACCGUGUCCUCCCACAGUUACGAAACUCAGGCAUUCUGACGAAAACAGUACAUCGCGAGCCAAGUGCUCUAAGCAAGGGUGUUGCUAACAGCGAAAAGAGCAAGUCAGAGGUUUUCGUCUGGAAGUUUGUUGAUCCAAGUCUCGAGACAAAGUACAAGAGCGUUCAAUUGUAA